UCGCAUCAAUGGGGAAAAAAAAAAAAAAAAAAAAAAAAAUCCGCCCAUCCACGUCAUCCUUCGCUGCACUGAUUCUCUUCACCCCAAAGAAGGACAGAGGAUUACGGAUGUGUAUCGAUUAUCGAGCGCUCAACAACAUCACCAUCAAGUCCCGUUACCCAAUUCCACGAGCCGACGAUCUCAUCGGCCAACUUCGCGGGGCCUGGAUUUUUUCCAAUAUUGAUAUACGAAAAGGUUACCACCAGAUUCGUAUCGCCGAAGCUGAUAUUCCAAAGACUGCUUUUCGAACCCAUUACGGAAGUUACGAGUAUACAGUGAUGUCGUUUGGGCUGAGGAACACACCCUCAACUUUUCAACGAACCAUGAACGAAGUCUUCCGCUCGCUACUGGACAAGUCCUUUAUCGUCUACCCGGAUGACAUCCUGGUGUACUGCACCUCGCGGGAACAACAUUUAACGGACUUGGAAGCAGUUUUUACCCUCUGCGAUCAACACCGACUCAUCAUCAAGGGCUCUUAGUGCGAGUUCUUAAAAGAGGAGCUGGAA